CGCAAAAAUCAUGACAAGUACUAUUACUCUAAAAGUAGCACUAGUCGUGGAAAAAACGUUACUUUAAGGCACAGUCCGUCUACUAGAGUAAAUAAUUGUUUUGCCAGAAUGGUCAAAGAGCGGACUAAAGCACAUGAUGGAAGUCAAGGAUAAAGAAUAAUGCUCUUAGGGCUUUCCAUAACACACAACAAACGCUGCAGUGGCAGAGCGAGGUCGAUGGCGCCUUCGCCUUUCGGCCCCUUUAAAAGUGUGGAGCUUUAGCGGUGGGAUUAUUGGAGCUUCGUAGUCAAAUCGGCGGAGCGAGAAGGGACGAGCAGCUCGAGAGAAAGAGAGAGGGACGGCGAGGGGGAAGGGGUGGGGGGAAGAAGGGGUGGGGGGAAGAAGUCGAACCGGACGACUGGAGGAAUCAUGGCGGCACCGCUCGGACGGGACACCCUACCUGAUCAAUGGUCCUACGGAGUUUGUAGGGAUGGCCGGGUGUUUUUUAUCAAUGACAAAACUCGCAGUACCACUUGGCUUCACCCGCGAACAGGCGAACCUGUUAAUUCUGGACACAUGAUACGUUCAGAUUUGCCGAGAGGAUGGGAAGAGGGAUUCACGGACGAAGGAGCCAGCUACUUCAUCAACCAUAACGUGAGGUGUACAUCAUUUCGGCACCCUGUUACCGGGCAGAUUUCACCAGAAAACACGGAAUACACCCUACAGGACAAGAUCGCGUCCCGCAUGUCCAAUCACCGAUCACCCAGGAUGGUCACAGAGUCCUCCAAGAAUGUGACCACAGCAGCAAUGGACACUUUGGCGUCAAAGGGAUCGAGAGGUUCGAGUAAAUGUCACAGUUUUGGCAAGAGGGAUCAAGCCAUUAAACGAAACCUCAACAUCCCGGUGGUGGUGAGGGGCUGGCUCUAUAAACAGGACAGCUCUGGAAUGCGACUCUGGAAACGAAAGUGGUUUGUUUUGUCCGACUUCUGCUUGUUUUACUACAAAGACAGCCGCGAAGAGACGGUCCUUGGUAGCAUUCCUCUGCCCAGCUAUCUCAUCGCACCAGUUGCACCUGAGGACCAUGUCAACCGCAAAUAUGCUUUCAAGGCGAGCCACACCGGAAUGCGCUCCUACAUCUACAAUAAGAACUCUGUGAUUGGCUCACAGGCGGAACACUGUGGGAUGCGGACGUAUUUCUUCAGCGCAGACACACAGGAGGACAUGAACGGCUGGAUACGGGCCAUGAACCAGGCGGCACUGAUGCAGCAGACUCAUACCAUUAAGAGAGAAAUAGAGAAGCCAGAGAAAAGCAAACAGCAGGCGCUUCCUCAGACCAACCAUGUCAAGCAGACCACACCUCAGUCAGAAACAUUUCCAAGAACGGACAGAGAGCACCCCAGGAGUGAUGGUGUACGACUGGGUCUCGGAGAAGAGGGGAGGUACACGUUGGAGGUCCAAGGAAGGCCCAGGUUGUCGGAUCCAAGGGAGAGACUCUCUCCAAACUCCGUGGACGGUGGCCUAUUAAGGAAUGGCCACCUGAGUGUCCAGCCAGGGUCUUUGUCAUCGGAACAGCACAAUGGAAACCUCUUGUAUCAGCGAGGGGCUUACACAGAGAAACAUGCACAAAGGAAGAGUACGCAAGCUCAAGUGGAGCACUGGGUUAAAGUUCAGAAGGGCGAUCCGCCGAGGAGCGUUGCCUCUGCCGAGCACAACCUCCCUCGGCGAACUCCCCUCUUACAGCCCAAAGUCAGCACAGCAGACACGUCCUGCCAGUUACUGCCAAAGUCUCCUCACCUCCCGUCCGGCAGCAACUCUCCCUCCAACUUGCCUAGCGACUACAAGUACGCCCACGACCGACUGAGCCAUUUCCGCAUGUCCACAGACGAGCGCAUGGCCACAAAGGAGGGGAUGGUGUGGCAGCUGUAUGAGUGGCAGCAAAGGCAACAGUUCCGACACGGCAGUCCCACGGCACCCGUGUACACUGGGCCCAACUUCACCGACUCCUCAUCUUUCACGGUCACUGUGGAGAUGCCCCGCUCCAUCUCUGUGCCGCCGUCCCCCUGUGAGGUCCCGCCAUCCAUCUCACCCCCCUUCAAGCCGCUGUCCCCCCGUAGGCCACACACACCUUCGGGCAGACGGACAGUCAUGCCGCUUGAUGAUUUGUCAAGUGUGGACAACACUGGAGCAACCUCCCCGGGCCACAUCUUUACUCGCCUCUCACAGACCUCCCAAAUGGCGAGACGGUCGAUGCCAGCUAUGGGCUAUAUCACGCAUACCGUCAGCGCACCCAGCCUUCAUGGCAAAACGCCUGAGGAGCUGACUCUGCUCCUCAUUCAGCUGCGGCGGCACCAGGCCAAGAUGGCUGGCGCGCAAAGCCCCGCCGCUUCUGCGGCUGGUGGUGGUGGCGCGUUGGCUCAUCUGCGACAUCAGCAGCACAACGGCCUCCUAGGCCCCAGCUUGCAGGCUGACGAUACUUACAUACAACUGAAGAAGGACCUGGAGUAUCUCGAUCUGAAGAUCCAAAGUCAUGAGCCGCUGAUUGUUUCAGUUCCGAGCGGCUUUGAAAACGCCACUCUAACUUUUGAAUGCUGUUGCAAUGUUACUGGACGGGAAAGUCUCAGAACAGAAGCACAGAGGCCGGUGAAAAUAGCUGAAAGUGAUGCUGAUGUGAAAUUAAGCCGACUGUGUGAGCAAGACAAGAUUCUACAGGAGCUAGAGGCCAAGAUACGCACAUUGAAGGAAGAUAAGGACAAGCUGGAGUCAGUGUUGGAUGUGUCCCACCAGCAGAUGGAGCAGUACAGAGAUCAGCCAGCCCACAUAGAGAAAAUUGCCUACCAGCAGAAACUACUGCAGGAGGAUGUGGUGCACAUCAGGGCGGAAAUAUCCAAAGUGUCCACAGAGAUGGAGAAUGCAUGGAAAGAGUACAUCCGGCUGGAGAAAGAUGUAGACUGGCUCAGAGCAGCUCUGCAAGGACACAUGACUCGCACUGACCUCUCUCAGCAAGAGAAAGUCCAGAUGAGGAAAGAGCUUUGGAGAAUUGAGGAUGUUAUCGCAGGCCUCAGCAGCAGUAAAGACAACUACAAAGUCACUAUUUCCUCUGUGACCAACCCGGAGAGGAAAUUUGUGCCUUCCGUGCCGACGUCGUCAGUGCCUUCGAUGUCUGGAAGCCCGCCUUCUAUGGAGAUGAGAUUGUCUCAGCCGCAGCACAGCCCCCACCUCAGUCCUAUUAACCACAAUGCACCAACCCUCACGCUAUCCUCCAGCCACCGCCAACAGCCGCUUCAGUCCACAACCAACACUACUGGGCAUACGUGGGACGAAGAAGACGUGCCUCCCAGACCGCCUCUACCUCAAGUCUACAGUCCUGAUGAGCAGCCCCCCGCCGUGCCCCCUUUGCCCAGGGAGACGACAGUCAUCAGGCACACUUCAGUACGCGGACUCAAACGACAGUCUGAUGAACGAAAGCGAGAUCGAGAGAUAGGCCAAAAUGGAGACCUUAAGUAUCCAGGCAAGUCUGAAUAUGUAAAUGUGGAGCUCAGGCCUUUCCUGAGCGAUCCUGAGCUUCUGGGUGUGGGAGAUGGCUCUAGCGUCACCGGCAUGACCUCAUCAGGACACAACGCAGGUUAUCAGACUUUACCUAGCAGAGGAAUAGCUGGCUCCACCCUCAGACUGAAUCACUCCUCAAGCAUCUCAUCUUACGUGACCUUACGGAGAGCGACAUCAGCUCCCGGUGUGAAGGAGCGAUCAAAAAGUGCCUUGGAGCGUCUCUACUCGGCGGAGGCGGCGCCUCAGCGCGGGAGGAUGAGCGCCGACGAGCAGCUGGAGAGGAUGAAGAGGCACCAGAAGGCUCUGGUGCGACAGCGCAAGCGCACCUUGAGCCACGGGGACCGCCACACCUCCACAUCGUCACGCUCCUCCUCAUCAUCCUCGCGCCCUCUCUCGGCUGACUUUGGAUCUUGGAGGAGGGAGCAGGAGUUUGACCUGCAGUUGCUGGAAAGGGCCGUGCAGGGCGAGGAGGCUCAGGUCGUGAGGAGCGUCCAGGGGGAGGAGAGACCCCCAGAGCACAAAGAGAGACCCCGUUCACACUCCGACGAUUGGCUGAGCUUCAGCUCUGCAACCGGGACUCCUCAGAACCAGGACGGCCUGGAAACAUCAGAUUAUGAUGCAGAUUUAAUCAAAGAGCUUUCAAAGCCUCAGAAAGUUUUGAUUCCCGAGCGAUAUGUGGAUUUAGAGCCAGAAGAGCCUCUGAGUCCUCAGGAGAUGGAGGACCGUCAUCGCAAAGUGGAACGUAUCAAGAGCAUCUUGGCAAAAUCCAGCGUUCAAAAGCUGGCUCCAGCAGUAUGUGCAACAGACAAGUCUGAGGUGAGCCCGCUGGGGCUGGACUCGGUUCUCCAGGAGCAGGAAAGGAUCAUCACCAUGUCCUACAUGCUGGCCUCAGAGGCCUCCCUCAAGUGCAAACGAGUCACAGUUCCAUCACAGGCUAACAGUCCCUUCCCACCUGCUCCGCCUCCCCCUCCACCUCUUCCUCCUCCCCCUCCUCCUCUUCCUCCCGUAUCCGUGGCGCCUUCCUCCUCCUCCUCUCCUCUAAGCAACGGAAUUCACUACACGUUUGUAUAACACAAGGGGGGAAAAAACCACAAGCAAUUUCUGGACACUGAGAUUCCUCUCUGACAAUGGCAACAAACGGCAGGAUUGUCCAAGAGAAGAAGCUUUUAAGUGAUCCUCAAUAUAUUUAGGCACCUCACGAUAUGAAUGUAGAAUGCAUUUCACCUUCUCAUGCAACAUCAACAACCUCCGAAUGGAUUUUUGUUUUUUGUUUCGAAAAGGAAUCUGCAGCACUCUACUCUUGAAAAAAAUAUAUAUAUUUUCUAUAUACGCUAUUGCACUUUAAGCUGUAUGCUGUAAAGAGAACUGAAAUAUUUUUAGCUGGCUACCUUUCUUGUUUGUCCAUGUACAUAAUGUAAAAAAAAAAAACCAAACAAGUGGGACUGAAUCUGACAUAAUUGUAGAUUUUUAUCACGAAGAAAGAUGAUUUUAUUUUGGGGGGCAGGGGGUGAUUUUCAAACAAUACCAUGUAGAUAUAUGCCACAUAACACUGAUUGUCCUCUGUUAGCUUUUAUUUUUGCCUACAUCCAGAUGGAAUAACAUUUCACAUAUUUUGCGUGGGACUGUGAAGGUCGCACAAGUGUCGGUCAUUCAAAUGUGAAGAUUAAAUGCCAUCGACAAAAA